AUGACCGUGCAGUAUCCUGGGGUGCAGAGCAUGUGCAAUCUUAUGAAGAACACGGACGAGGGCGCUGGCGAUGCGCCAGUUCGAGAGCUCCCAAUGGCAAGGCAGCAGGUGAUGCAGCAGCUCAGGAACCAGCCGCACCCGUGGCACCUGAUCCACGCCCUGCAGGAGCAGCACCAACAAUUGGUCAAGGGGCAACGUGAGCAGCGCAAGUUCCACCAGAGGCUGCUGCCGGCAGAGGUGGAGGGCUCAGCCUUCCAGCAGGAGGUGAUAGCGAAGACGAGGGUGCAGGUCAGUGAGGCGGGCGCGCAGGGUGGGCAGGACACCAUCCGCACCAUCACGGUCAAUGGCAACUGCUGGAACUCCGUCAAGCAGCUGAUGGAAGACCCGGUUCUGGCAUAG